AUGCAGAAAGUGUUACGGAUAAACCUGCUUGCCCGCAACCAAGCUCUGAAAAGUGCCCGAAGGAAAAAUCUCAAGGAAGUGAAACAAGAAUGGCGAUCACACGACCAACGGCGGGUAGCCGUGGAUAGGACAGAACGGGGAAUGAUCAAGGAUGAGCGGAGACAGCGGAGGGAGGACUGGUUAGCAGGCCCGCUGGCGCCGAAACGAGACGUAGGCAAGCAGCAAGAGCUCUUCGGCACGGUCUCCGGCUUGCUUGCCCAGGGUGCAACAUAUCCUGAGCGUGCUCGACGAGGCCCCAAAGGAAAUGGCUGGGACCCCGUUGGGUCUGAAGGUCUGGAAGGCGAGAACAAGGAGUGGGAGGGCGUGGGCAACGAAGGCAACAUUGUCGAAGGGGACCGUGUCUGUGUGGUCUACGGCAAACAGGAGCUGCUGGGGAAGAUUGGCCGGGUCAAGAGUAUCAAUGCCGACCAAAGGGUGUUGACAGUUGAAGGACUGAACAUGGCCGAUAUUGAGAUUCCCGAAGGAACGCCGCAGCGGGAACGACGCCCUUUCACAAGCAGCGAGCUACCCAUACCGAUCGACUCGGUGCGACUAGUCUACCGAUUGAAAGACGAAGAGACCGGCCGCGACCGCGACGUAAUAGUAAAGCUUAUCCGCGGAGGUGCGCCAUAUCUGCAACGCGAGCCGUACUCGCCUUUACCCCGACACACGCGGUAUAUCGCCGGGGAGGACAUUGAGAUCCCCUGGCCGGAGGUUGAUGCGCCCACAUACCAGGCAUUCGAAUCAGACACGCACCGCUUUGACGUCGAAUUCCAGUCUUUCAUGCCCUCGCUGUACGACCCGCCUCUGCCGCGCUCAGAAAUCCUGGAUGAGCUGCGCGACGACAAAUAUGCCCGCGACCGCGAAUGGCACGAUGACGAGUAUGUGCGCAUGAAGGUUCUGGAGGAUGCCCGCGCCGCUUGGUAUCAGCAGCGCAAGCUCCAAUCGCCGUUGGAGCAGUUGGCCGAACACAAACUGAAACUUGCGGAGAAGAGGGCCGAGGAAAUCAAGAAGCGAGGCUUGGACGAGGAAACGUUGAGAAUAAUCAUGGAGACCGCACAAUCCAAGGCGCCGCGGAGGCAGAAGCCACUGGCUGCUUAG